AUGGCCAACAUGAAGGCCCUUGAGAAAAUGAAGCGCGACGGCAUAAUCACCCGAGGCACAUCCAGUGCAUGGGCAAUGCCAGUCAUGAUUGCGAUCAAAAUUGACGGCAAAACACCACGAAUUUGUGGCGAUUACCGUUUAACCCUCAAUCCGAGGUUACGAAAGCGUGUGACUACCACCAUGGAACCGGAGGAUUUCAUGAAAGCAGUGCACGGCAGCACAUGCUUCUCGAAGAUCGAAUUGGCUGAUACAUACCUCUAG